GUGUGGGAGCGGUUCUGCACGUUCGUGGCCGACCACGUGGCUGCCUGGAAGGUCAAGUACUGGACGGCCACGAUGGAGACAAACAAGUCCGGCUCGCUCCACAUGCACCUCAUGGUCCAGUUCACGCAGCAGAGGAACUGCAGGACGGGGCCCUUUGCCUUCGAGGGCAGACGCCCGAACGUCAGUUCCCACGACUACCUCGGCGAGGGGGCCUGCAAGACCAGGCUGCAGCAGUCCUUUGACAGGGGCAUGUUUUAUGUCUGGGCGAACAAGGUCGGGACAGUGCAUGUGGCCGCAAACUACGAACCUUGCUGGACAAGCGCAGCACAGACGUACCAAGUUUUGGGGAAGUGGCCUGAAGCACUCUGGAAGCAGCGCAAGCUCACGAACCAGCAGUACGAGGCUUACCUCUACCUGACAAGGGACGGUGUGCUGGCUCGGAAGCGCAACCUCGAGGCGGUCAGAGACCACGAGGCGGCUGCAGCAGAGGAGGAGGCCAUGCAGGCCAACAUGCGACGUGUCCGGGCAAACCCCGCGCUCUACCAGCCUUUCCCACCCGUUCGCGCGGCGCAGGACUGGCUGGCCAUGUUCCGGGAGGACCGCCUGCGCUAUCCCCUGCUCGUAGUUUUGGGACGGUCACACACCGGCAAGACAGAGUGGGUCAAGUCCCUUUUUCAGAACCCUCUGGAACUCAAAGUCGGAUGUCUAGAGGUCUUCCCCGAAGGGAUGCGAAGCUUCGAGCGUGGCAAGCAUGACGGCAUCAUCCUAGAUGAUGUUCGAGACUUGGCCUUCUUGGCCGCGCACCAAGAGAAGCUUCAGGGCAAGUAUGACAGUCGCGUGGAGUUUGCCACGACCCCAGGCGGGACAUGCGCAUUCACGAAGUACCUCUUCGCCAUUCCGCUUGCGGUGACUGUGAACUACAGCACAAGCAACCUGGACUUCUUGGAGACACAUGACUGGCUGAGCCAUCAGGGUAACCGGGUUGUCAUCAAGUUCCCCGAAGCCUUGUCAGUGCAUCCAAACGAGGAUGGAACCAGCAGCCUCGAUCGAGCCAUGCCUGUCGUCAGCGAAGUGCGGCAUCCCCAGUCCCUGGACUUUGCGAACGAACGCAAAGCCCUCUUGCUGCGGGAUGUCCAUGGACUCACGUGGGCAGAGAUACAGAGACGGGUGGUGAACUUGCGUGGCAAGGCGCCCAGCGUGAGGCUACUGCAGCGGGCUCACUCGGACGUGAACCGGACUCUCGGCCAGAGGCAGUACAAGUACAGCAACUGUGGUCGGAAGGCCGUGAAAAGCACACCCAAGGUUCAGAAAUACCUUGUCCAACGCCUCCUCUACCUUCGCACGCGCAGCACGUGCACCUCCAGCACCCUUCGCCGUGAGCUGCUGCGUGGAGAGCGCCUCCAGUUUGCCAAAGCGGUGCUACGACUCACGAAGGCUAAGCUGCGUCAGAAACUCUGCCUGGCAAUGGAUGGCGUGGUCCUCUCGCUGCCCCCUCGUGAUGCGACUGACCGUGCCAACUAUUGUGCUCAUGGUGACACACACAUGUGGCGGCUCCCAAGCGAGGCGGCGUGCGUGGACCUGGCGGGGCACGACCCGUACCCAUUCCAGAUACCCGCAGACCGUAUCGUCCCAUUGUGGGGCGGCUUGUCGGAGGGCGGCUUUGCGAUCGUCACAUUUCACCAGAAGCGCAAACUCACGACUGAGGAGUGGUGUCGCACGGUGAGGAGUGGCAAGCUGAAGAAGGCCAUUGAAGCCUUGACGCCUGUGCAGCCUGCUGGGCCGUGGCAUGUCCUGUGUGACAACGAGUCGUUCCUACACACAAGUCGGAGCGUCCGAGCCACGCAGGCAGCUGGGGUCAGGAUCUGGCGCAUGCCUGCUUCUUCUCCCGACCUGAACCCGGUUGAGAAGAUGUGGGCCUGGCUUAGGCGCAAGAUCCGGGCCCUGGACUGCGAGGACCUCCGCAAAAAGCGCCCGCCCAUUGGAAAAACCGCUUUCAAGGCGCGAGUGCGGAACAUACUGGCAUCCAAGACGGCGCAGACCGUGGCCGCUCGCAUAGCUGUCGGCUUCCGCAAGACCUGCAAGGAAGUCGUGGCUAAGAAGGGGGGCAUGUCUAGAGGCUAA